CUGAUGGGGCGGGGCUUCCGGUCUCGUGUCCGGGGAAGACCCCGUGCCGGCUACAGGGACGUCUAGUACUGUGAGGCGGACCGAUGCGCAGAUUAGGGGUGUAUUUUUUGCACGUGGACUGACUGACUCGGGCAGUUAUCUCCACUAUCCUACGGCACCUAGACGUGUCUUUCCGCAGGUCGGGAGGGGGCCAUGGAGAGGCCGCCACCGGCGCCGCGCCCCCUCCUCGGGACGCUGGCUCCUUUCCCCCGGGUCUUUGCUGCCGGAGCUGUGGCUGCGGAUUCCGAAGCAGACGGGAAGUCUCAGAAGCUGCCUUACUAUAUCCCAGAACCCUGCUUUCCGGAAUCCGGAUGGGACCGCCUCCGGCAGCUGUUUGUCAAAGAUGACCAAGAGAGGUACUCAGAGGAGCUAGUGAAUAUCUUCAGGUCAGCAGUGUCAGCAGGCAUCAUCGGCUGCGUGUAUGGGGGAGUACCAGCUUUCAUUCAUGCUAAACAGCGCUACAUUGAGCAGAGCCAAGCAGAGACCUAUCAUAACCAAUUUGAUGCUGUACAAAGUGUGCAUCGUGCUGCCACACGAGGCUUCCUUCGGUACGGCUGGCGCUGGAGCUGGAGAACUGCAGCAUUUGUGACUGUAUUCAACUCAGUGAACACUGGACUAACUGUGUACCGAAAUAAAAAUGCCCUGAGCCAUUUUGUUGUGGCAGGAGCUGUCACAGGAAGUCUUUUCAGAAUAAACUUAGGCUUGCGAGGCUUGGUGGCUGGUGGUAUAAUUGGAGCCUUGUUGGGCACUCCUGUGGGAAGCCUGUUGAUGGCGCUUCAGAAGUACUGUGGCGAGACAGUUCAGGAGAGGAAGCAGAAGGAUCAACAGGCCCUGCAAGAGCAGAAGCUGGCAGAGUGGAGAGCCAGACUGCAAUUCACUGAGUUCCUCCCUGAGGAUAUUGAAAGUCAUUUACAGAAAAAUCAAUCCCAGGAUGAUGCUAAGAAAAUCGAAACCCUGCUGAGCCUCCCAAGAAACCCUUCAUCACUGGAUAAACAAGGCGAGGACUGAGAAUGUUCUGGAAUUGAAGCACCUGGGGGAGUUGAGAACUGCUGUAUGGCCACGUCCAUGGAUGUCAGUGCCACGCCAUUCUUAGGCCAGCCUGUGACAGGUGUGAAUGCUGGUGACUGUGGUGGCAUUGACUUGUGCUUAUUUUUUGAAUCAAGAAUUGGGCUAUUGUACUCUCAUUUUAUUUAUCCUUAAAUUUAAAUUCAUAUUUAAAUGUUUGUUGGUCUAUUGAUUGAUCUAUAUACUUAGAUUUCUUUAUCUGGAUCUUAUAAAAGUGAGUAGGGCCAGGGAUUUAGCUCAGUGGCACCGUGCCUGCCUUGCAAGCGCAAAGUCCUGAGUUCAUUCCCUGGUACCACAAAAAACAAACAAAUAAAAAGUGACUAAAACUUUUCCCAAAAGAUUAAA